GCCCGCCAAAAACUCCCCCCCCCCUCUAUUUUCUUUUGUUCUGAAACAUGGCUGAUAUCGGCACCAUCGCUGCGCUUUAUUUGCUGUGGGAGUCCGAGGAGCGUCGCAAACGCAAACGCCGUCGUGUUUGGGUGCACGACAUCCUCCGGAGACGGCUACAGCUGGGUGAGUUUCACCACUUGCUCCAAGAACUCCGCCUGGAUGACGGCCGGUUUCAGCGGUACUUUCGACUGAGUCGGGCCCAGUUCGAUGACCUGCUAGCCCGGGUUGGUGCCAGGAUCUCCCGUCAGGACACCAACUACAGGCGCUCCAUAUCAACUGCGGAGCGCCUGUCUGUCUGUCUCCGAUUCCUGGCUACUGGCGAUUCGUUCCGGACGAUAGCCACCAGCUUCCGGGUCGGGUCCUCCACCGUGGCUUCCAUCGUGUCCGAUGGGGUGACGGCUAUAUGGGACUGCCUGGUGGAGGAGUUCAUGGCUGUGCCCACUACCGAGGACUGGAGGGUGAUUGCGCAGCAGUUCGAGGAGCAGUGGAACUUCCCUCUCUGUUGCGGUGCCAUCGAAAGGGAAGCAUGUUGUUCUGAAGGCCCCUGCGAACUCCGGUUCGCAGUUCUUCAACUACAAGGGAACAUUUUCCAUUGUUCUCUUGGCAGUUGUCGACGCAGACAAGUGCUUCCGCAUCAUCGAUGUGGGGGGCUAUGGGAGAACCAGUGAUGGAGGAAUUCUGGCCAACUCGGUGUUUGGUCAGGCCCUCCGAGCUGGCGAUCUCAAGCUCCCUGCUGACAGAGUACUGUCAGCGGCUGCGCAGAGAGGACCCCUGCCUCAUGUGUUUGUAGCGGACGAGGCCUUUCCGCUACGGACCAACCUCAUGAGGCCAUUCCCCGGACGCAUCCUCCCCCUCUCCACAACCUCCUCCGCAGAACAGCACCAACAGCAGAAGUGAGAGAUUGCCUCCCUGUUGGUGUGGUGUUGCCUCUGCCAGGGCUGGGGAGAGUGGCUGCCAACAAUGCCGGGGGAGAGGCCAUCCGGAUCCGCGAGACCUUCACCUCCUACUUCUCUGCAGAAGGGACCGUCUCGUGGCAUGACACCAUCGUAUAGUGCAGUGCACAACAACCCCAAAACGGCUCUUUUAAGAGCCACCCACACAAAACAAAAGGGAUUCCUUCAUUAUUAUUAAAUUGUUUUUAAAAUUGUUCAAUUAAGUAGUGUUAUUAAAAAUGUAUAUUUGUGUC